AUGUUCGCUGUCCCAGGCUGGAACAUAUCCGCUCCAAUCAAGGCGCAAACCAACACGUCAUCUGCUGCCGUACCAAAUGUCGCGCCAAACAAAGGCACCGCAGCCAACGCGUCUGAGAUUUCCAAGAAGCGGAAGAGGGGGGGUCAUGGAAGAACAAAUGGACCUACGGUGACGAGGGGCAACGUGGCGGACAUGUGGGAGCAGUACAUCGAGGGGAAGCCUGCGAAGAAGAGCAAGAACGACGAGGCCGAGACGCAGAGGAGGCAGAAGCAGCGGGAGGCUGGAGCUGCGCGGAGGGCUGAGAAGCAAAACAACGGUCAGGAGGAGGUAGAAGUGAAGCAUGGGCCCGAUUCUACAUCAAAGCCAGUACAGGCAGAGCAGUCCACCAAGCUCGAGAAAAAGAAGAGAAACAGGCCCGAAAAGAACCUCCGCGAUGCCGCCAAACCCCAACCCGCCUCUACUUCGCCCACCAAAGACACUCUCAAGGCCACCCAAACCCCCUCGAACCCCAAGCAACCAGCCGCACCUCCACCCCUUCCCCCCGCCACAAAAUUGACGCCCCUGCAGGCCUCCAUGCGCGCCAAGCUCGCCUCCGCCCGCUUCAGACAUCUGAAUCAAACACUCUACACCACGCCCUCCUCCCACUCCCUGAAACUCAUCGACGAGGACCCGGAGAUAUUCAACGAGUACCACGCCGGCUUCCGGCAGCAAGUCGAGGCAUGGCCCGAGAACCCGCUGGACGUGUACAUCCGCACGAUCCGCGAGAGGGGAAAGGUGCGGGAGCCGCGAGGCAAUUUUCGCGAUAGGCGGGGCGGGAGGGGCGAUGGCGGUGCUGGGGCGAGGAAGGAAGGGGAGUUGGCGCCACUGCCACGGACGCAUGGGGUGUGUAGGAUUGCGGAUUUGGGGUGCGGGGAUGCGAGGUUGGCUGCGGAGCUUGGUCCGCUGGCGGCGAAGCUGAAGCUCGAGAUCAAGAGCUUUGAUCUUGCGAGUCCGAGCCCGUUGGUCACGAAGGCGGAUAUCGCGGACCUGUCUCUUGGGGAUGGGAGCGUGGAUGUGGCGAUUUUUUGUUUGGCGCUCAUGGGCACGAAUUGGGUUGAGUUCAUUGAAGAGGCGUGGAGGGUUUUGCGGUGGAGGGGCGAGCUGUGGGUUGCAGAGAUCAAGAGCCGAUUUGGAAGAGUGGAGGGGAAGCGAGGGGCUGGGAAGGUGGUGGAGCAUAGUGUGGGCAAACGGCAGAAGAACAACAAGCUAGUCGGCAAGGAAGAGAAGAGGAAGCUGCAAGAACAGGAAGAGGGAGAGAACCAGGAGGAGUUGGCGGUUGAAGUUGAUGGUGUGGAAAGCGGAAAGCAGGGGACUGAUGUCGGGGCGUUUGUGGAGGUUUUGGGGAAAAGGGGGUUUGUGCUGAAUGGAGAGGGAGCGGUUGAUCUGAGCAACAAGAUGUUUGUCAGGAUGAACUUCGUCAAGGCUGCGACGCCGGUCAAGGGGAAGAACGUCCAGGCUGCAGACAACAAGACGGGCGAUGAUGAAACGUGGAAGAGGAAGCCGAAGGGGAAGUUUGUGGAGGAGGAACAGAAGGAUGAAACGGAUGAGAGCAAGGUGUUGAAGCCGUGCGUGUACAAGCUGAGGUAG